CACACACACGCGGGCAGGGCGCGCGCGGCUCUCGCUGGGAUUCGAGUUGCCGAAGGUGGGCUAAGCCCGAGCUCGCACAGACGCCAGUAGAAGCUCCGGGGUGGUGACGUCAGGGGUUGACUGACCAAUGGGGAGGCGCUGCCCUUUGGAGACAAACCAUUCGACUUGUGGCGUCUCUGCCUCAAGUCUAAAAGCAGAAGCUCAACUUUACCAGAAUCCACCUUAAAAUCUCUGCCUUAAACUCCGCCAGCCAAAAAAACAAGUUGGGAAUGAAGGGGAAGAGGAGAGAAAACCCCCCUCAGGAAUAGUCCCCCCCCACACACCCCUCCCUUUCUCCCCUCCCUCAGUGAACAAGGCCCCUCUCACUAGUGCUCUGGAAAAAAAAAAGAGAGAGAGAGAAAGAAAGAAAGAAAGGGGAGAAAAAAAAAAGGAGCCACCUCACUAAUUCCCCGUGCAGGAUAAUAGGCUCUAAGGUGGCUGGUGAGAGAGGGAGCGAGAGGGGGGUGAGCCUGAGGGAGCCGCUCUCUCACUCCCAAACUUUGAUGAUGACCAUGACUACGAUGGCUGACGGGUUGGAAGCGCAGGACUCCUCCAAAUCUGCCUUCAUGGAGUUUGGGCAGCAGCAGCAGCAGCCACCGCCGCCGCCGCCGCCGCCGCCGCCCCACUCCCAGCAGAGCUCGCCGGCCAUGGCAGGCGCGCACUACCCGCUGCACUGCCUGCACUCGGCGGCCGGCUCGCACCCGCACCACCAGCACCACCACCACGGCUCGCCCUACUCCGGCGGCGCCAACUCCUACAACCACCGCUCGCUGGCCGCCUACCCCUACAUGAGCCACUCGCAGCACAGCCCUUACCUCCAGUCCUACCACAACAGCAGCGCGGCCAGCCAGACGCGGGCGGACGACGCAGAUCAGCAAAAAACAACAGUGAUCGAGAAUGGGGAAAUCAGAUUCAAUGGAAAAGGGAAAAAGAUUCGGAAGCCACGAACCAUUUAUUCGAGCCUACAACUUCAAGCUUUAAAUCACCGCUUUCAGCAGACCCAGUACCUGGCACUUCCAGAGAGAGCUGAACUGGCAGCUUCAUUAGGACUUACUCAAACACAGGUGAAGAUCUGGUUUCAGAACAAACGCUCCAAGUUCAAGAAGCUCCUAAAGCAGGGAAGCAACCCCCACGAGAGCGACCCUCUGCCGGGCUCCGCCGCCCUGUCCCCGCGCUCGCCAGCCCUCCCUCCAGUCUGGGACGUUUCAGCUUCCACCAAGGGAGUCAAUAUGCCUCCCAACAGCUACAUGCCUGGGUAUUCUCACUGGUAUUCCUCUCCACAUCAAGACACAAUGCAGAGACCACAAAUGAUGUGAAUUGUCCAAGAGAAAUACUCUGUCCAGAAAUAAAGGAAGUAAGAGAGAGAGAAAAAAAGCCCAGUCUCGCCAUGGCAAGAGGCUCCCUGCCUUGCCAGCGAUGCCAGCUAACAGGCUCUGCAUGGACUUUUACGUGUGGCAAGGAGACAGGGUGGCUUUUUUUUAAGUAACCUCAGCGAUUGAUCUUGAACAGAAAGACACAAUUUUCCCUCUGGCGCACAUAAGACACUUCUCUUUAGGAUAUUUUCAUUUGGACUUGAAGGCACCAGCCUCUUUCUCUUUGGAGUAUACGUCAAAGCAAAACUUUUUACAGACUUUUUUUUCUCCUCCUCUCUUCCCCAGUCCAAGAAGAACCCAAAUAUACAUGGCGACGUUUUUACUUGUUUAAUGAACUAAAGACAUUACACGAGGAAAGGGAGGCUAUUCGCACGCCUGCAUUUGUAUUCACCAAAUCCAGAUUGAAAAUAAAGGAAGAAAAAGGCAAAGAAAAAAUAAUAGGAAAAAAAGAGAACUGUUUGAAAAAGAAAAAAAAAGCAAACAAACCCUGUAAGAUUAGAGCAUUAGAACGACGAAGCAAAACCUGCAUGCUUUAUCAAAAUGAAAUGGGCAACAACGCAGAAGAAACCACUGUCUCUCUUUGGACCCCCCACCCCACCUCACCUCACCUCACCUCCAGACCCCCGGAAAUGCACAGGGAAAGACCGAGGGAGGACCCACCAAAGCAGCCCACCCUGGCUCUGCAAGGUCUAGUACUUGAGUGGUGGCAUUCUCAUUCACUAAGCUAUAGGGACGUUUAUAUGGAGCACCCUUUCUGUAUAUAUUGUUGAAUUUUAGUUGUAUAUAUACUUUGUAUGUUUUUGUCUCCUUUCAUAUAUAGAGUAAAAGCCACAAAAAGCC